CUACAAGGAUACUUGGUUUCUGGCCUGACAGGUUCUCAAUCCUUUUUUUAGUCUCCUGAUUGUUGGAUUGUUGAUACAACCGAAUUGUAACCCGGUACACCGUGUAAACUUUUCCUCCCUUGCCUUUCACGGCCGCACGCCAUUUCAGUAGAGUGCAUACAUACGGCUGAACAGUGAUGUCGUCUGCAAGCUCAGCGUCAGACUCGGGCAUUGAUCUUGAGAAGGCGAAGAAACUAUAUGGCUUCAGUGGGAAUAGAGGAGUGAACGGAACGUUGGAAUUUCCUGUGAAGGGCGCUCCUCCGCCACUACCUGAGAAGGACAGAAUCAAGAGCCCCAGAACUAAACACCUUUCCCACCUGCCCCUAGCUAAAAUUAAUAUUACUCCAGCCCCUACCAAACAUCGAAAUCGCAGCCACUCCUUCUCCUCGACACCACCAGCGACCUUGAUGAAAUUACUCCGAGCGCAAGAAUCCACCACUAAAGAAACACAAGCAUUACUUCACGCCGCACUCUCUCAGCUAGAUGCAGCUUCCGCUCGUGCAGCUAAAGCCGAAGCCCAAAUUCGUGCUCGCGAAACAUCAGCGAUUCUAUCGCAUACCCAGCUCACAGAAAACGCUGUCCGUGCACAUGAAGCUGCUGCACGGGCGCAUAGAGAAGCUGAGGCGUAUAAAUUGCAGCUUAGGCUUAGAGAUGAUGAAGUUAGGAGGGAAAGAGAUAGGGCAAAAGCUGAGGAACGAAUGCGAACAGAAGCUGAGAAGGAGGCUGAACGAGCGAGAAGUUUGGCUAUAAAAUGGAGAGGGGAAGGUAGAAUUCUGAAAGCGAAAGAGGAUGGGAGAAAAGAAGGGUUUGGGGAGGGCUUGAAAAGAGGGCGUUUGGUCAUUGCUGCGGCUAUUUCCGCGGGAGAUCCUUAUGAAAGCCGGAGACUGGUUGGGGAUGGGGCUGCAUAUAUCGAGGAAUACGACGACGAGUCGGAUAAUCACCGGACUCAACGUCAACAGCGACGAAGGGGCAAGUCUCGUAGCCGUGUUUCUCGUUCAAAGAAAAGUGAGUCGACUCGAGAGCGUGUCAAUUCUUCUUCUACACGUCCACGAGCUUCAGAGCCAGCCACACCUUUCUCUGAGCCUAUCCCUCCACCCCCUUCGGAGCCCUCCCGAGCACCACCUCCUCCCUCAGAAUCUGAGUCCCAAACUAUUAUUAUUCGUAGAGCACGCUCUAUACAAACUGAUCCUUCAUUGUUCCAAAGCGAACGAACCAGGUCACGCACUACUUCCUCUCCUGCAUCCCCGCUCUCUAGGCAUUCUUUGAACCAACAACAACAGCAAAUUCUGCGAGCCCCUUCGCCGCCUCCUCAAAUAUUUGUUCAGGAAUCACCACCUCCCCCACUACCUCCCGUGAUUUCCCCACCCGAACAGGAGGAACAAAGUAUCAAAUCAGAGCCUUUCUCUCCUCAAAUCCCACAAACCCCACAACAAUUUCCUCGACCACAAGUCGAAAUAUCGCCAAUACCCAUCCCACCACCCAUCUCCCAAGUCCCAUUCGCUCCCGGUAUUUUCCCUCCUUCAUCUUUCCAGCAACAACCCCAAUUCCAAUACGCACCUUCCGAGCCGGUUCCUCAACCUCCUCCUGUUCAGCCAGUCUAUUUCCCAAUGCCCGCCCCACCUGCUCCUGCAAUCCGAGUCGUCGUCACUCCCGCCGAAGAAGAACGCGAUGUACAAACACCUUCGACGAUGACAAAUGAGAACUCAUCAUUAAAAGGCCUGGAUUUCCUGCAUGGAUUUCCUGCUCCGCCGUCUAGAGCAAGCUCAUCAGGCUCUGCAGGUCCAUCUCGACUUGGCGGAGGUGGUUUCGACCCAGAUUUAAGCACUAUUCAUGAACAUUCUAGGGAAGGAACUGCGUUUGGUGGUGAGGAGGACUUUGGUGAUACUAGAGAUGCUGAAGGAAUGACCCCGGACCGUUCGAGGAAUGUCGAACAAUGGAGAAUGAGUUUGGGGGGGGUGAGUUUAUCUUUUGAGCUGUGGUUCAUUUUUUAAUGACUUUUUGUUAGCAACCAUAUUCCCUUGGUACCCUCAGUCCAGGAGCUGCAAACGACUCCGACUUACUCCGACCACCGUCUUCGAAUUCCAAUAUUUCCAAUUCCAGAAAACGAAGAGCACCACCGCCGUCAUUGGAUUUGGGUCUAGAAAGGCAGCUUUCUUCUGGAAGCACGAGUUCGAGGAGUAUUCGUAUCGAUAUCGUGCCUCCGUCGCA